GCGCCGGCUCUCGCGAGCGGGUCGUGGUAGCGUCACUUCCGACACGUCCGGAAGUGUUUUAAUAGCGGUUCGGCGGCUGCUGUCGAAGAGGCGACAUGGUGGAGGACGUACAGAAACAUUCUGUGCACACUCUUGUGUUCAGAUCCUUGAAGAGGACCCAUGAUAUGUUUGUGGCUGAUAAUGCAAAACCUAUAUCAUUGGAUGAAGAAAGUCACAAGGUAAAGAUGUCAGUUAAGCUUCACACAGAGUAUGGUUCUGUGUUGCACAUGCCUAUGCUGAAGGAAAAUUUGAGAGAGAAGGGUUCCCAGGGUGUGGUGGAUCCUUAUGGACAUAAACAGUAUUCUGCAAAUCAAGGACAAGAAGUUGAAUAUAUGAUAACAGGGACGCAUCCAUAUCCGCCUGGGCCUGGUGUGGCUCUGACAGCAGACACUAAGGUCCAGAGGAUGCCCAGUGAAUCAGCUGCUCAGUCAUUAGCUGUAGCACUUCCUCCUUCUCAAUCAAGGAUAGAUGCAAAUCGUACUGCCGCUGGUGUGGGUGAUAUUUACAGGCAUGCUGGAAUUCCUGAGCGUUCACAGCCUCCUAGUAUGUCCAUGGCCAUCAUAGAAGCAGGGAGCAAAAAUUCUGCAUUGAUUGCAAAGAAGGCUCCAACAAUGCCCAAACCUCAGUGGCAUCCACCGUGGAAACUGUACAGAGUGAUCAGUGGUCACUUGGGAUGGGUGAGAUGCAUUGCCGUGGAACCAGGAAAUCAGUGGUUUGUUACUGGCUCUGCUGACAGAACUAUCAAGAUUUGGGAUCUUGCUAGUGGCAAAUUAAAGCUGUCUCUGACAGGACACAUUAGUACUGUCCGAGGUGUGAUAGUAAGUGCAAGAAGUCCAUACCUCUUCUCUUGUGGAGAAGACAAACAAGUGAAAUGCUGGGAUCUUGAGUAUAAUAAGGUCAUUAGGCAUUACCAUGGUCACUUAAGUGCUGUCUAUGGUUUGGAUCUGCACCCAACAAUAGAUGUGUUGAUGACAUGUAGCCGGGAUUCAACAGCACGAAUCUGGGAUGUGAGGACAAAAGCCAGCGUGCACACGUUAACAGGACAUACAAAUGCAGUGGCAACAGUGAAGUGCCAAGCUGCAGAACCACAGAUUAUUACAGGAAGCCAUGAUACCACAAUACGACUGUGGGAUUUAGUGGCAGGAAAAACUCGUGUCACUUUAACAAAUCACAAGAAAUCUGUAAGAGCAGUUGUAUUGCAUCCAAGGCAUUAUACGUUUGCAUCUGGUUCUCCAGAUAACAUUAAACAGUGGAAAUUCCCAGAUGGAAACUUCAUUCAAAACCUUUCUGGUCAUAAUGCUAUUAUCAACACACUGGCUGUGAAUUCGGAUGGAGUUUUGGUAUCUGGAGCUGAUAAUGGCACUAUGCAUCUUUGGGACUGGAGAACUGGGUAUAAUUUCCAGAGAGUGCAUGCAGCUGUACAGCCUGGAUCUUUGGACAGUGAAUCAGGAAUAUUUGCUUGUGCAUUUGACCAGUCAGAAAGCAGAUUGCUUACUGCUGAAGCUGAUAAAACUAUAAAAGUAUACAGGGAAGAUGAUACUGCGACUGAAGAAACCCAUCCUGUCAGCUGGAAACCAGAAAUUAUCAAGAGAAAGCGAUUUUAAUGAGGCAACAUCUGUACAGUUACACUAUAAUUUUGUUUUUAGCUUUCCUGAGAGCAUUCAGUCGCAUCAUGCUCUGUCUGGGAUUGCAAAGCAAAACUCUGCUAAAGUCAUUGCUUCUUCAACUUGUUUUACAAUAAAUCUUGUUUCUCUUAGGUUUUUGUCUUUUUUUUUUUGGUAUGAUCCCAGGAAACCAGUCGCAGCUGUUAACUGUUUAGAUUUGUCAAGCAUAUGUAGUUCAUGAAAAGGAUAGAUGUGCAGGUGGUUAUUUUAUUACGCAUUCAUUGAGUGCAAGAGCUCUGAAAAUACUAGGUUAAGCCAGGUUUACUGUAAGACCCCUAUUUGACUUCAAGAACUAAUUGCAAGUUUAUUCAUAGAGGUCAUUCUGCAUGACUUUUCUUGGAGAACGACACUUUAAACUUUGAAGCAGUAUUGUUUACCAUUUAUUACUAUUAUGUUACUCUAAGUCACUGAAAAAUAAAGCUGUCAGUGGAGAAGCAGGACUAUAUAACAUUAACUCGUUUUGCAUCAUGAACCUAAUAAGCCAGUGAGAACUGCCAGAGAUUGUAGAAAUCAGUGAAAAUGACUUAAGAUACAUUUUUCCCCCUAGAAAAGGUUUUAAGUAAAAUCUGUGGUGUUGUAUAUGGAAACUUUUAUGUUUGUGUGGAUCUUUUAUAUGGUGAAUAUUUUACAGUUACAUUAAAGAGCCGCUGUCAAGAAGUUCAAGAUCAAAUUGACAUAUCUUUUAAUUGCAUUUUGUCUCUUCAGUUAUGAAAAGAUAACAUUGGUUAUCUUACAAAGUAUUUGUAAAGCUGUUUUUAUUAUGGCCAUAAAUCCUGAGUUAUGUUUUAUAUCCCCUGAAUUUUUUUCUUUGUCUACCACCACGCUACUGAGUUGUUUGUUUGUUUUUUUAAUAUGAAAGACAACUCUUGUAUUCUUGAAAGGGGAUCAGUUAAUAACUUUGGAGAGGGAAGUCUUUUAUCUGUCUACAGAACAUAUAAAAGGCAGUGUAAGCUUUAAUUAUAGCAUCUUGUCUCUCUGUUCAGUCCUUUUCUGAAGUAAUUUUACAUGGGGGUGAGAGGGAGUAUGGAGCAUUAAACCUGACUUUUCAGACCAUGGGUGCUCCACUAACACUGCUAACAGGGACUGGUUGUGAUGGUGGGUUUCAUAUGAGACUUGUAUAGUAUAUGGUCACACACAUACACACACCCCCUUAAGAAAUUUAUUAUAGUCAUUAGAUUUGUAAUUGGGUAAGGAAAACUUUUAGUUUGUGCUAGCCUAGAACUAUUAGUGAGAGAGUGUCAUAUUCUAUUGCUAAUGCCUAGAGCCCGCUAUUUCUGUGAAGUGUAUCAGUCUUUUGGAAACUUGUAAUGCAAGUCCAUUUAAAAUUGCAAGGAUAUAAUUUAAUGUCUUCUAAAAUUUUUCAUUUUCUAUAAGAACACACUUUCAUAUGCAUCUGUUGAAUACUGUUGCUCUAAAAAUAUACAUGAUGGUGUUCUUUUAAAACGCCAUGAAGAUGAAACAGCUGCAGUUUGCUUCAAGCCUGUUGUUUCUAUUGUCAAAUCUACAAAAUUACAAGUAUUGCAAUAAACUCGUUUACUGCUGUUCACUUUUUCACACAUCAAGGUUCAUUACCUUCAGGUCAAGCUACUUCAGAAUAUGAUAGCAAAAAAGUUGGGAAAGUGUUUUUGACACUUCCUCAUGUUUCUUCUUCAAAAAAAAGUAUCUGUUUUUUAAAUACUUAACAUUACCAAUGUAGAAUUGUGGGAUUAAACUGCUAUGAAAAUAAAUGGGAAUCUUACUUUUUGAAGAGGCAUUUUCACCUUUAAUCCUUUAAAAUUGUUUACCUUUAAAACAGCAUUCUCAAAUUCACCUGGGUGCCUAGGCUGGAUCUGGACCCAGCAGCAGCAGGAGGGCAAGUGGUGGGUGAGUGGCAGUGGCACAGGCAUUAACACAGCUGUCAUUUGCAUCCUGUUUCCUUCCCAUUCCCCUUCCCCCUUCUACCCCCCAUUAACACACAUCCCUAAGCAGUGCUUUGUACUUGGAAGUUUGAUGGUAGGCCUUGCCCCUAAAUUCAUAGUCAGUCCAGGAAGCUCAUGGGAAGAGUGAAAUGGCUCCUCAUGCUGGAUCUGGCCCACAGGCCAUAUCUUUGACAUCCCUUACUUGAAUCUUUUAUGCACAAAGAUAUUGCACCCUUAGACAUUACCACCCUGGUCAUCACCUCCCACUCCCCAUGCAUACAUUUGCCAUUAGCCUUUUGCCUGUGCUGUUGCUCUCACUGGUAAAUGCAUCAUGGUGAAGACUGGAAAUGGCAUUAGGUAGUAUAUAAAACAGGGUAGGGCAUUUUAUCACCUAUAAAUGCUUAUUCUGAUCCUAAAAAUAGCUUGGUUUCUUGCAAAGUUUAACAUCUGGUUUAAAAAAGAAACUUUACAUACAUUACUUCCAUGUACACCAAUGAUUCAAGAAUUACACUUGUAUUUUACUGUUGAUCAAAAUGAUUGACAACAAGGGUAUUAAGGUAUUAAGUGUUGCAAUACAUCAUAUUUGAGUACAUCUUAUUCUGUUAAUACUGCAGGUUGUGGAUCUCUGAAGCAGCUGUCAGCCAUUAUAAUCUCAGUUACAGAGGAAAUUCAUGUUUGUCCUCUAUAUUGUAUUUCUACAAAUGUAUAAAUAUCGCAAACUGUUUUGCAUCCCAAAAAUUUAUAAAAUGUUUGGUACAUUACAGAAUUUUCUAACCGAGGACAAAAGAUUAAGCAAAGCCUGUUUUUCUUUUUAUAAAGAAAGAAGAAAAAGCAAAAAAAGCCCCCUCCAUUCUAAUCUCUUUUAAUCAGGAUACAUGCAUUUGGACUAGAGAGAUGAAAAUUAGAGGCUUGGGAUUACAACUCUUGCAUGCUCUUCUGUAUUGGCUCCUUCCCCUGAAAGCUGCUUUGUCCUGUUGGUGUACUAGUCUUCAGAAGAUGAUCAGAUGGUCUUUGGCAGGGGCUGCAGUUUUUGAAUCGAGUUCUGGAGCUGACCAUGGGUGCAGUUCUUGGCACCAAAGACUUAGGAGCAUGCUCUUGUCAUGGCAGUGCAGGUAGAUCAUUCUGAUUUAAUACACGAGUUGGGUUUGCAAGUUAAAGACUGCAUAUUCAUUAUUCUGAGAUUUUUUUCAUGUUGAUUCUCUACUGUCCCAGUGCUAAACUUAGGUCCUUUUGUUUUAUUUACAACUUGACCUGCAUGUUAAUUUUUUAACUGCAGUUUAAUUUUUUUCUAUUAGUUUUUAAUAAUAUCAAUAUCAUUACACGUGUUCUAAUUUAUUUAUAGUACAUCAAUGUUGUGGAUUUAUUUCUAAGUGUUCUCUAGUGCAAGACAAUUUUGAUGUAAAUAUAUCUGAUCCUUCCUUAUAAAUAUACAGUGAAUGUUUUACACUUACAUGCAAGUAAAUCAUAAGAUAAUGUGGCAAAGAAGGAUUGGGUCCAUAAUUUUGAUGUUGCUGUAAAGUAUCAUAUUAUAAUUCCUUUUGCUGCAUCUUGUAUUGAAUUCUAGUCUCAUUAUUACAUGGUUGAUUUACUGCCAUGUAUCUUGUAAAAUCGGAUGUUUCUCCUGUAUAUAUGAUCAAAUCCAUCCCAUUUCUGGUUUUGGUUUCGUUUCAGUUUUGUUUUUUACUGUACAUAGUAAAGACAUAAGAGAGAGUGGUUUUGAAUGUAACAAUUUUGCAAACUUGCGUAACUUGUAAGGGUGAUAAAUUGUAAAAUCACACUUUGCUGUACAAUAAGUGUACAGUGUAAAUUAGAGAUGUCCUUUUGGCUAUGUGAAAAAUUGGGCAUAACCUGUAAUUUGCCUAAUUAAGUUGCACAAAAAUGAAUCUUUGAGACCUUUCUUUUUUGGUGAAGUUGUAUGAGAAAUAAACUUGCUAUGCCUGA